UUCACAUUGAUGCUAGGAAACAAGAUGUUUCACAAGUGAGUUCGGGAUGUUGUUUAAUCUAUCCAAAAUAUCCAAGUUACUGGCAAAUCAAAAAUAAUAGCAACAUUCUAAAAGGCGGACAGGAGGCAUCAGGAGGAGGCUGGGCCAGAGCGCAGCAAUGACAAGGCCAAAUCUGAGCUGGGUUGUUUGGGUUCUGGCCGUCAGUUUGCUGCCAUUGGCUCGAAUCACUGCCGGAUCCAUUUUGGGUGCAGCUGUUAAUAUUGAACUGCUUGAUCAGGACAGAUCACAGAAAGUCAGGGCUCAUUACAGUCUGGUGUCCAGUUUGCCCUGUCCGGCCCUGGAUAAGCUGUGUGAUGAAGGGAACUGCAUCGAUCAGCUCAUUUCUUCUCCUGUGAUAGGAGUUUUACCUUCACCAGGCUGGUGCCUCCAUCAGUGGCAGAAAACCAUCCCUAAAAACCACACGUCUACUUUUCAGCUCGGAUCUGAAAGCGCCGUGUCACUAUAUUCAAGAGCAGAUCUGUCUGUCAGAUUGGACACAAACCAUGUUAACCAGCCCCCAUAUGUGGCUCUUCUUCCUCCAGUCAGGUUACAAGCUGCUUGUCCUCAGGAAAUCCUGGUGAAUGUGAUGGAUUUGGAUGGAGAUGAGAUUCGCUGUCGUUAUAAGAAGACUGACCUUGGUGAAUUUCUGCAGCUUAAUGAAGAGACAUGUACACUGCUGUAUGAAGGUGGAGCAAAUUUGGGUCAGUAUUCAGUAGAGAUCAUGGUGGAGGAUUUUCCUCUAUCUGUGAAGAACCAGAUUCAAAGCGAGGCAAAGCCUUUUUCCACUGUAUCUGUGCAUCUCCUAAUAACAGUUGAAAACGGAGCUGGCUGCUCAGUCGUGCCGGAGUUCACAGGCGUCAGUCCAGUAGGUGGCGCUGUAAUCCACGUACUGCCCUUUGAGGAGGUCCAUGUCAACAUUACAGUUGAUUCAAGAGUACAGAGUGUGUCUGAAAUGGCUGUGAUUGGUCCACCGGGCCUCUUCAUAUCACCAAUGGAAAUAGGACCGAAUUUCCAGAGCUCUGUCACACUGUCCUGGGUCAGAGGUCCGAAUCAGUUCACCCAUCUGCUGUCCAUUUGUUUUGCUGCAAAUACUCAGAGCCUGCAGUCUAAUGUGAGGUGUAUAUGGCUUCAACAAACACAAACAGACCCUUUGCCGCCUGGAACAGAGUUGAAGUGUAAGGAGCGAGAGCUUCAGAUGUCUCUAGUGCUGCCCAUUACCUUCCUGAAGAAUCUGCAUUUCUCUGACCUCCAACUGAAUGAUCCAUCCUGCCCAGUAUUUUAUAACUCGACCCACGUGACCGCCACCUUCCCUCUGACGGGCUGCGGAACCAAGAGAGUGCAUUUAGGAUCAGAAUUGCUGUACACCAACACUUUACGCAGCAUCAAUCCUAACUCCACCAUAAGCCGUGUUGCCACUCUCAUUCUCCCACUCGCCUGCCGAAUUCCCGGCCAACAAGCUAAAGGUCCAGCUUUUAAAAUCUCCAUCCCUGAAGAAGUGAAGACAUUUGGUGCAGUGUCUUUUUGGCUUGAGUUCCACCUUCCUGGAGAGGGUCCUCUGGCCAAGGAGACACGCCUGCCACGUUUGCGUGGUUCACCACCAGUGCGCAUGGCUCGAGACCUACGUGCUACAGGCAAGAUGGAGAUGCUGGACCUGCAUGUGUUUUCUAACUGCUCAUUGGCUCGUGCUGAGCUCAUGGUGGGCCAAUGUGUUGAGUCAGAAACAGAAGAUUUUACAAACCCAAGGCCUCUACUGAACCAGGGUUGUGCAUCUGGAAAUGGAACCUUGGAGAUCUUGACAUCAACUUCAACUGUCCGGAUUUUCCGCUUAUAUCUCGGUUCUCUGGGUAUAAAGGGAGACACGAUGUACGUUGAGUGUGUAGUACACCUUUGUGUUACCACCAAACAAACCAACAGAUGUUCUGAUCCAUGUACGGUAGCACCAGGAUCGGCGAUAGUAGACAGCAUUCUGACCCACAGCUACACUGUGCGGUCAGGGCCUGUUCCCCUCAUUAAAGUCACAGAAACCAGCACUUCAACUGCUAAUCCAACCCAAACAGCUAAUCCAGUUGCUCAGCCUUCCACCACCCAGGUCACAACAGCAUCUGCCUCUCGCUCUCUGGAUACAGGUGCAUUCUGGAUAAUCGCUGUGUCAUUGCUUGCGCUCAUGCUUCUCCCAUGAGCUGUUGGAGAACACAUUGGAGAACUUUAUAGAGCAGUUCAUCGCUGACUAAUCAAAUCAUCUUUUCUUCUUUCUUAACCACCAUUACAAUGUUUCUUCAUAUGCCCUUUAAUCACGUAAAAACAUUGUAGGAAAACACACUUUUACUGUCAUUCACAAAUUUUGGGUAGCAUCAAGAAACACAUCAACGCCAACUAUAAUAACAUUAUGUAAUUUCAUAAAAUUAUGCUAUUUUUAACAAGACAAAAUAAAUCACAAAUUAAAUUAAAAGCAUUUAUUUACCCUCAUGUUUUUUUCAAACCAGUGUGAAGGAAAAAAGACUGAGAUGUUUAUCAGAAUGUUAAAGCUUCUCUUUUUCAUAUGAUAUAAUGAAACCAGACAGUAAUCAGGGGCUGCAAGCUCCAAUUAUAAAUAAAUAAAUAAUCAUAAAAUAACUUUGAAUUUGUGAGAAAAAAAACAUUUAACCCAUAAUGCACUUCCAAUAAUAAGAAACAGUCACAAUUUUGAAACCGUUUUAAUGUUUGUUUUUUUAUACCAGACAAAUCAAUAUUUGUAUUCCUGAGUAUUACACAAGUAACAUUACCUUAAGUCAGUUCAGUGUUGGUUUAGUUCAGAGCUGCAAGAUUAUUAUUAAGCAUGAUGAUCUGAGAUAAUGCUGCUUAUUUAUCCUGAAGCAAGAUUUUCUCUUAAAUUAAUAUAUUUUCUGCCCAGUGUUUUAUUUAAUCUUCCCAACCUGGCAACCAGAAUUGCUUAGAUUUCUAAAUACAUGCAGUACUGCGACUCUUUGCCACAGGAAGUGUGUACGUUUGCUUAGCACUGAUGCUAAGCACUUUUCCACAUCAAAGAGCAUUUUUAUAAAUAUGAACAUUGACAGCAUGAAUAUAGCAUAGAUAUGCUUUAAAUAGGUGAGUAAUGGAGGCUUGUUGUCAAAUUCUAAAUGUAAAGAUUCUAUAUUUACAAAUAGAAUCAUUUAAGCGAAACAUCACAGUGCAGUCUGACCUCUGUACUUUAUGUGACUGUAGUACUUUCAUUUUGAGCAUCCUUUUAUUAGCCAUUCCAUUGUAAUUACACACAAAAACACUGGACAAGGAAUAUGUUGGGGGCUACCAAAGGAAGGAUAGCUCUGUGUCAAUAAAAAGGACAGUAAAUGCUGAACAAGCAUUACUGAAAUGCUUUUACACAAUCUGCACAAUCUAGUUGUUCCAAUCAUUUUCCAUCUUUAAAAAGUAAUUUAAAGCAGUUCAACAUAAGGCUGCAACAUAAAACGUGAAAAUAAUGGAACGUAUGAUUUUGAUUUCAUCACUGCCGUAUAGUG